AUGAGAAUAAUCACGGUGAUCUUCCUGGUUCUCGGACUUGCUCUGCACGUCCGCUGCGAGGAGAAUAAUCGCGAUGAAAAUAAUGGCAUUACCGUCCUGGAGUGUUUAUUUGCGGAAAGUACCGGACAUUGCCUCAGAACGAAGUUGGCCCGCGACCUGGACCAGAUCGAAUUGCAAGUCACCGGGAAGAAGAGCGAACCGCCGGUAAGCGUGGUGAUUGAAGAAGCUGGCAAUAUCCUCGCGGAGAUAGUUGAUGAUGUGCAAGAGACCGGCGGAAGAGGAUUUUUCGAGGAGGAUGAUGCUCAAGAUGACAACACGGAAAUGGCACGUAAAAAGAAGAGGGGGAAGAAGAAAAUGAUGGGAAAAUUAAUGGGAAUGAUGAUGAUGAUGAAAUCGAAGAUCACCAUAUUGCUACAACUCAUCAGCCUGCACUUGCAAAAGAAGUUCCUCGUUAUCGCCAUUAUCUCGUUAAUACUGAACGCCGUUAGAUUUUGGAUAGAGGUAAAAAAGAAUCAGCCUCCUGCCAAAGUCAUCUACUACGAGCACGCACAACAUCAGCAUCACUACGAUCACGACGAUCACGAUCAUUGGGGACGGUCUUCAAACGAGACACCUCAGGAGAUCGUUUAUCACGCUUAUGCACCGAAAUAACGUCCUAUUGAAUAAACGACAAACAUCUUGCGCGAACAAUAUUAAUAUUAAGAAACAAUAUUGAACACAAUUUUGAACGCAAGCUUCGUAAAAUAAUUAUAAUCACCAUUUGUUAUUUA